AUGGCACCAUCAACAGAGACGUUUAUUGAACUGGCCAAAGCCAGGAGAUCUGUGUACGCUAUCAGCAACGCCAGUACAGUGCCGGAUUCUCAGCUCGAACAGCUUGUACACGAUGCAAUCAAGCAUGUUCCUAGCUCCUUCAAUACCCAGACUACUCGUAUAGUCCUGCUUCUCCGUGACGAGAAUCAACGGUUCUGGGAUACUGUUCAGGGAGUGUACACGUCCAUGGUGGAAAGAGGUACAUUUCCUGAGGACAAGUGGAAAGCCGGCACAAAGCCAAAGCUGGACAGUAUGAGAGCUGGAUACGGAACCAUACUCUUCUAUGAAGACCCAACGGUGAUACCUGGGAUGUGUGAGAAGUUCCCUCAAUACAAGGAGCAAUUUCCCAUAUGGGCUCAUCAUAGCAAUGCCAUGCACCAAUAUUUCCUGUGGACCACGCUUGAAUCCCUCGGAUUGGGCGCUAGCCUGCAGCACUACAACCCCAUUAUUGAUGCAAAAGUCACGGAAGCUUUCUCACUCCCAUCCGACUGGAUAUUAGUCGCUCAGAUGCCAUUUGGUGUCCCUACUGCAGCACCAUCUGAGAAAUCGUUUGAUCCAAUCGAGCCGAGAGUUAGGGUAUUCGGGAAGCAAGAUAAUUAA